GAAGACUUUUGAAUGUGAAUCAUGGCAUCAAAAGCUAUUGUAAAUUUAACCCUCGUUUUCAGGAUUUUUGCUCUUUUACUUUCCGUUGGUUGUAUUGUGGUACUUGUUACUGAUACUAUCAAGUUUAUUGAUGGCUCCAAGACUACCUUCAAGGAUGUAAUGACUUACAGAUACGUCCUUGCCACUGCUGCAAUUGGAGGAGCCUAUUCACUGUUGCAAUUACCUUGUGCAAUAUAUUAUGCUUUCAAACAAAAGAGGCUGAUUCGUGGUCAAUUUUUGCCAGAAUUUGAUUUCUAUGGUGACAAGAUGGUCAGUUUCGUUUUAGCAUCAGGAGUUGGAGCUGUAUUUGCAGUAACAUAUGAAUUAAAAUCAUUUGUGAAUGAUUUUGUGGAAACCCUAUUAUCACUUGGAUUUGAAGACACAGUUGGGAUUAAAUCCGGAACUGAUAAAUUUCUCAACAGGAUUUAUAUAGCUGCUGGUCUUCUAUUGGGAGCUUUCGUCUGCAUGGCUCUUCUUUCAGUAUUAUCCUCCAUUAAUCGAACCACUUCCUCUGGAUUGUUUAGAUAAAUUCAAUAUUUCCGGAAUAAUUAAAAUAAAAUAACAAUGUAUGUGUGACAUUUAAUAUGUGAUUUAUUUUUUUUUAUUUAUUUGAUUAAU